CACAGUAAGAACAGUCACAGUUUGUCACAGAUAUGAAGGGGGCACCCACCAGUCAGGUUUAGGGGAGAUUCCCCUCCCUUCAUAUCCAGCUCCUCACAAUGAGGAGGGUGUUGGGCUUCCUACCAGGGAGCUCUCUGUGGACCCUGCUAGGGGCUCCAUCUCCUGCAUCAGUCUGUGGCUAGUAGGUGUAUGAUGGAUCUGCUGGGAGAGACAAGGGGCUCGCUCUUCCUCCCCUCACCCUGGUGUGUCCUGGAUGCUCUGAGCUGGGUGGGGGUGGGACUCUGUUGACUGUGAGCCUCCCAGAGCUUCCCUUUGAUUGGCUCCUCUCUUCCUCAUGAAUAGUGGGGCUGUGAGUGGGGCAGCAGGUACUGAGUGUUGGACUCUUGCUCUUUCAGGGGCUGGUGACCUUCGAGGAGGUGGCUGUGUAUUUCACCAGGGAAAAGUGGGGUCUGCUGGACCCAACUCAGAGAACUCUGUACAGAGACGUCAUGCAGGAGAACUAUGAGAAUGUGACCUCGCUGGGGUUUCCAGUUUCCAAACCUGAUGUGAUCUCCCAGCUGGAACAAGGGAAAGAGUCAUGGGUCCCAGACCUCCAGGGUUCAGAGGAAAGAGAGAUCCUGAGAGCUAUCUGCACAGCAGGUGAUGCAAUGGUAUGUGAGAAAGAGGAGGAGAAUUCUCAGCAGGAAAAUGUUGAGCAAGUGGAUAAACACAGAGAAUUAUCGCAAAGAUCAAAAAGCAAUGUAUCCAGGAGUCAUGAGCAGGGACAAUCCUGUGAGAUUCAGCACAAACCAGAAAGAGAGCAUGGAAACCAGCCAGGGGAGAAAGUGGAUAAAUUUAUUUCCAGUUGGAGAACUCAGAAGGACAUCAAGGAAACCACAACACAGCAGGAAAUCCUCAGGGGAAAGAGAAAAAAUACAUUCACUGAGUGUGGGAAAAACUUACGUGACUACUCAGCCCUUAUAAAGCAUCAGAGAAUCCGCACAGGGGCAAGGCCCUAUGAAUGCAGCGAGUGUGGAAAAUGCUUCACUAAGAGCUCAGCCCUUUCUGAACAUCAGAGAAUCCACACAGGGGAGAGGCCCUAUGAAUGCAGUGAGUGUGGGAAAAACUUCACUUACAGAUCAGGCCUUUUUCUCCAUCAGAGAAUCCACACAGGGGAGAGGCCCUAUGAAUGCAGUGAGUGUGGGAAAUGCUUCACUAGCAGCUCAGCCCUUUCUGAACAUCAGAGAAUUCACAAAGGGGAGAGGCCCUAUGAAUGCAGUGAGUGUGGAAAAAACUUCACUCAGAGAGCUGGCCUUUUUCUCCAUCAGAUAAGUCACAGAGAGGAGAGGCCCUAUGAAUGCUAUGAGUGUGGGAAAACCUUCAAUCGCAGUUCGCACCUUAUUAGGCACCAGAGAAUCCAUACAGGGGAGAGGCCCUAUGAAUGCAUUGAGUGUGGGGAAAGCUUCACUAACAGCUCAGCCCUUUCUGAACAUCAGAGAAUCCACAGAGGGGACAGGCCCUAUGAAUGCAGUGAGUGUGGAAAAAAAUUCACUCGCAGAUCAGGCCUUUUUCAACAUCAGAGAAUCCACACAGGGGAGAGGCCCUAUGAAUGCAAUGAGUGUGGGAAAAGUUUCACUAGCAAAUCAGCCCUUUCUGAACAUCAGAGAAUCCACACAGGGGAGAGGCCCUAUGAAUGCAGUGAGUGUGGGAAAAACUUCACUCACAGAUCAGGCCUUUCUGAACAUCAGAGAAUGCACACAGGAGAGAGGCCCUUUGAAUGCCGUGACUGUGGAAAAUGCUUCACUAGCAGAUCAGUCCUUUCUAAACAUCAGAGAAUUCACACAGGGGAGAGGCCCUAUGAAUGCAGUGAAUGUGGGAAAACCUUCAUUCGCAGCUCGCACCUUAUUAGGCAUCAGAGAAGUCACACAAGAGAGAAGCCCUAUGAAUGCAGUGAGCAGGGGUGGCUCCAGGCACCAGCACAGCAAGCAUGUGCCUGGGGCAGCAAGCUACACGGGGUGGCCUGCCGGUCGCUGUGAGGGCAGCAGUCAGACGGCCUUCAGCGGCAUGCCUGCGGGAGGUCCACCGGUCCCGUGGUUUCGGCAGCAGGCACGCGGAAGGCGCAGGACUGUGAGAUCACCCGCAGAAACGCUGCCGAAUCUGCGUGACCAGUGGAGU